AUGAGGGACCCAACCGCCGACAUGGAAUCAUCCAUCCAAACCUCUACAACUAAUGGGUCGACAGAACCCCGCCGCAGUAAUAAAUCAGCCCGAGUCGCGUUCGGGCCCGACCUAGAAACUACCAUCCCCGCUCGUGAGCGAUCUCCAGCACCGUUGUCAAGCCACCAUCGUUCCUUCACCACUGUCGAACAGAAACACUCGUCAGUCGCAACUCCUGCUCGACCUACCAGUUCCGCGGGUGAGAAUGUCGGCCUGGUACCCGAGGAGCCGCCACGGCGGCCUUCUCCUCGGAGGUCUGAGAGUAACCGACCAGCAAUGUUGAAACGUGCAAAGAGUGAUUAUGGACCCAGCCGUGUCACAUUUGACAAACCUAUCGGAGACGAAGAGGAAGACUUCGCAAUGCGACACGGAUGGCAGGAAGAAUACACAUCCAGUGAAUAUCUCAAGAUUUUGCACUCGAAUUUCUACAUGUACUUUACCGAGAAGCGGCAUGAAACAAAUGGAAUACCAAGAGACCCCGUUGGAAGCUGGCCUAGCCAGGACUGGAGGAUGAAGGAUCGGCUGAAGACAGUGUCUGCUGCGUUAGCAAUCUGCUUGAAUAUCGGUGUCGACCCUCCCGAUGUGGUCAAGACGAAUCCAACGUCCAAGCUUGAAUGCUGGGUAGAUCCCACCUCAACCACGGGCGGUGGUCAGAAUAAGAUCAUGGAGCAGAUUGGCAAGAAAUUACAAGAACAGUAUGAGACACUGAGUUUGAGGACCAGAUACAAGCAAUAUCUAGACCCAUCAGUGGAUGAAACCAAGAAGUUCUGCAUUUCUUUGCGUCGGAAUGCCAAGGAUGAGCGGGUGCUCCUGCAUUACAACGGCCAUGGAGUUCCGUUACCAACCCAGUCAGGUGAAAUCUGGGUCUUCAACAAGAACUACACCCAGUACAUCCCUGUACCUCUCUACGACCUCCAAUCUUGGCUGGCAGGGCCUAGUCUUUUCGUUUUUGAUGUUUCGCAUGCCGGCAACAUCGUGCAAAACUUCCACACAUUCGUGGAGAAGCACGAGAAGGAGAAUGCCGAAGCCAAGAAACGAGACCCUAAUGCAAUCGUUCAGAACUAUGGUGAUUGUAUUCUUCUCGCGGCAUGCCAGAAAAAUGAGUCUCUCCCAACCAACCCUGAUCUUCCAGCUGAUCUUUUCACAUGUUGCUUGACGACCCCCAUUGAGAUUGCCCUGCGUUUCUUCAUUCUUCAGAAUCCUCUGCGGACACAAAUCUCCACUGAUGAUUUCAGAGUUCCAGGUCGUCUUCAAGAUCGUCGCAGUCCUCUUGGAGAAUUGAAUUGGAUCUUUACCGCCAUCACCGACACCAUUGCAUGGAACACACUCCGUCGUUCGCUUUUCAAGAAACUCUUUCGACAAGAUCUUAUGGUUGCAGCUCUCUUCCGAAAUUUCCUGCUUAGCGAACGCAUCAUGCGUACUUACAAGUGCCAUCCUAUCUCAUCUCCUGAGCUUCCUGAGACCCACCAUCAUCCACUAUGGAAGAGCUGGGAUCUUGCCGUGGAGAUGGUCUUGGCACAGUUGCCCGCUUUGAUCGAUCAGGAAGAAGGUCGUAGGCAAUAUGAGUAUCAGCAUUCUACAUUCUUCGCCGAACAAUUGACUGCAUUCGAGGUUUAUCUGUCAUCUGGGCCCACAGAGAAGAACCCGCCAGACCAACUACCCAUUGUGUUACAAGUUCUUCUCAGUCAGGCACAUCGCCUGCGUGCAUUAAUUCUGCUUAGCAAGUUCCUGGACUUGGGCCCAUGGGCUGUUCAUCUGGCCCUUAGCAUCGGAAUCUUCCCGUAUGUGGUCAAGCUCCUACAAUCAGCUGCGCAAGAGCUGAAACCUGUUAUGGUUUUUAUCUGGGCGAGAAUUAUGGCCGUGGACUAUACCGUCCAGAACGACCUCCUCAAAGACAACGGUAUCCAUUAUUUCAUCUCUAUCCUCAAUCCCUCUUCGCCCAUUCCGGUUGGAAACGCAAGCGAACACAGAGCCAUGUGUGCUUUCAUAGUUUCUAUCUUCUGCAAAAACUACCCUCAAGGACAAAAUGUUUGCCUGUCCGGUGAAUUGUUUGAAUCGUGUCUGAGACACCUUGGAGACGUCGAAAAUCCUCUGCUACGUCAAUGGUCCUGCCUGUGCUUGAGUAUGUUAUGGUGUGAUUUUCCAGAGGCCAAAUGGAUGGGCAUUCGAUGCCAAGCGACUGAAAGGCUUUGUGAUCUGAAUUUUGACCCGGUUCCAGAAGUCCGCGCGGCUAUGUUGCAUGCUGUCACUACAUUCAUCGGAAUCCCAGAUUUGACAGAUCAGGUGGCACAGAGAGAAGAGGCUUUGGCUUUGGCAGUCUUACCUAUGUCCGCUGACGGCAGUGUCAUUGUCAGGAAAGAGCUGCUGGUCUUCUUCUCAACGUUUGCCAAGCGUCACCAAAACAAAUUCCUUGUAGCCGCAUAUGAGGACCUCAAGCAUGAGAAACAGGCCUUGCAACGCCGUCUCCAAAAUGCAUCACCAAUGACCCAAUCAGAAAUACAGGACGGGCCCUUGGACUCCGAUGACAAGACACCUUCUCUUUCCCACAAUACCACCAUUGGCACAGUCUGGAAGCAAAUUCUAAUCCUUUCCGUUGAUCCUCAUCCUGAUAUCGCUCAGGGUGCUGGCAUGAUUGUCGAUUAUAUUCAUCUCACUCUCCUAGACUCGCCCAUGGCGACUAUCGCUGACAAGAUUAGACUCGAGAUAUUGGAACUCACUUACCGCUUGUCACAAAAACUCCAGAUCACCGAACGUUCAUACGUGAAAAAGACAGCGGCAUUAUCUAACCCACCAUCCUCCGCAGCCCCUACCCCCAAACAAGAAGGCUACAUUGCGCAAGGUUUGAGACGUACAGCAAGUUACGCAGCCUCUUUAUUCGGAGCUUCAGGGGAUGCGUCAUCAGAGAGCUCUACACCCCCUUCACCCCAGAGCCGCGCUCCGAUGAUCCCUCGUAGCCGUGCUCCGCCUGAAUGGACUCGACCUCCCGAAGUGAACGACAAUGUUGCACCCGCCAACGCUUAUCACCUGGCUCCCACUCCCACAUCACGCGGCUUCCAAGACAGAGACACGGAUGGGAUUCCCAUUAUCCCUCUAAAAAGUAGAUUCUUGGACUGGUCAACAGAGGUAAUGCCGGAUUUUUUCCCAGGAAUCAAACAAGUGCACCGCAAAUUGUAUGGACAUUUACUUACAAUCGAAAAGUAUUUCCGGGAGCCCCAGAUGAAACCGAACGAACCCGACGAGCCCGGAAGUUCCGACUAUAACGAACGCCUCUGGAGACGUAGCCGCAACGAAAAGAUCAUCGCCGAGACCCAACCACUUAAAGGAAAGGCAGGUACUAGUCGAUGGGAAAGCUCAAUCGCCCCCUUGUCAAAUAGCAGCCAGCCUUCAAAGAUGUGCUUCCAUCAAUUUGAGGAUCACAUCGCCGUGGCAGAUGACCGGGACAACAUCGCUAUCUGGGAUUGGCAGAGCCACAAGCGCCUCAACCAAUUUUCAAAUGGCAAUCCAGUUGGAUCCAAGAUCAACGAAGUUCGGUACAUCAAUGAAGAUGACCAGGCUCUUUUGUUGACUGGAUCCUCCGAUGGUGUUCUCAAGCUGUUUCGAAACUAUGAAUCCUCUAGGGAUAUCGAGGUCGUUACAGCCUUCCGGGCUUUGCCUGAACUUAUCCCUAGCACCAGAAAUGCAGGUCUUGUCCUUGACUGGCAACAAGGCCAAGGGAAGGCUUUGGUUGCAGGUGAUGUCAAAGUCAUCAGGGUGUGGAAUGCAGCGACUGAAGUCUGCACUAAUGAUAUCCCUGCCCGAUCUGGCUCAUGUAUUACCUCCUUGACCUCUGACCAGGUGGCUGGUAACAUAUUCGUUGCUGGUUUCGGCGAUGGUGCCGUUCGUGUCUUCGACCAGCGACUCAAGCCUAGCGCUUCGAUGGUCAAGGUCUGGCGUGAGCACAAGCAGUGGAUUACCAACGUUCAUAUGCAACGUGGCGGUUUGCGUGAACUUAUCUCGGGUAGUCGCAACGGCGAGAUCCGCCUGUGGGAUCUUCGUAUGAACAGUGCUCUGUCCACUAUCCAAGCGACAAAUAACACCCUCCGAACUCUGAGCGUACAUGAACACGCUCCUGUCAUCAGCAUGGGCACUGCUCAGCACGAGGUUAAGACCUUCAAUGUCGAUGGAACCUACCUUUCCACCUUUGAGCCCAACUCAAGUUUCCUCCAUCACAACCGCUCCUCUCCCAUCGCCACCACAGCCUUCCAUCCCCACCGUACCAUGCUCGCCUGCGCAGCAUUAGGUGAUAAUCACGUCAACCUUGUGACUUGUUAG